AUGACCACCCUCGAGUCCCUCGAGCGGGCCCUUAGACAGGAGGCCGAGAGCAUCGAAAUGGUCUCCUGCCUAAGAGAACCACUCACAGACACGCAGUACAGCAUCGGCUUCGAAAUCUUGCUGCGAGACUCGGGAUGGAUCACGUAUCGAGACUUCAUCGUACCUCAGCUCACUCAACUAUUGACCCCCUUCUUAAAAUCCUCUACUCAAAUCUCAGUACUGGAGAUCGGACCCGGCCCGAGGAGCGUCCUUGGACAAAUCCCCAGCGUUCUAAGGCAGAGAAUCGGAAAAUACGCUGCUUAUGAGCCCAACGAGCUCUUUGCCACAAGAAUCAAGGAAAGCUUUUCCUCAUCCUCGGAGACGGAGCCUCCGCUGCCCUGUCUCGAGGUGCCGCCCAUCAUUCAUCAAAUGCCAUUCAAUCUGCACGAAAGCGGUGCUCAUUUCGAGAGAUUCGAUGUUAUCCUCUUUUGUCACAGCAUGUACGGCAUGAUUUCAAAGACCGAGAUUAUUGAAAGCACAGUCGAAAUGCUCGUUGAGAAGCCCAGAAUCGGAAUGGUCGUGGUUUUCCACCGUGCCGGUUGCCUAUCAUUCAACGGACUAGUAAGCCAUCAAACGGCUUCUUUCUCAACCGGAGCUGUCAGCGUGGCAAAUGACGACUGUGAAUUGGACCGCUUCGCUCCUUUCGUGGCUGGAUUCACCUUGCAAGAUUUCAGCAAGUUCGCAGCUCUUCGGAAUUCAUGGCGAAAGGUGUGCCGUGCCCUUGGUCGGAGUAAUGAAGCCUACCCGAACCAGCUUUUCUUCAAUGCGCCUGCAAUCAUGACGGCUUUCACCAGACACGCGACUGCAUUGGCAGACUUGGAGGCACAAGUGCCGCUAUUGGAUGUGAACCAGGUUGUCAAAAAUCGGGAGGCUCUUUCCCACCAUCCGGCCUCUGUUGUGAGACCCACGGAGAUUCAACAUAUUCAGCAGUGUGUUCGAUGGGCUCGCAAGAACCAUGUUGGUCUGACAGUGGUUGGAGGAGGCCAUAGUGGUCACUGCAGAUGGCCCAAUGUCGUUGCAAUUGAUAUGAGCGCCUUUGACAAAGUCCACAUCCUCGCUGGUGAAGAAGAUGAAGAAGAUUCCGGCUCUAAACAGGAUCCCUUGGUUAUCGCUGAAGCCGGCUGUAAAACUAGCGAUAUUAUCCGCAAAGCAAUGGCGGCAGGGCUUACAGUGCCCCUAGGGUCUCGCCCCAGCGUUGGCGCAGGAUUAUGGCUACAAGGCGGUAUCGGGCAUCUAGCCAGGCUUUACGGACUAUCCUGCGAUGCCGUCGUCGGUGCUAUUUUCGUCAGCGUUAAAGAUGGCCGACUCCUGUGCGUUGGCGGUGUACCAGCCCAGCACCGGCCACCCGAUGCCGUGUGCCCCGAAAACGAAGCCGACCUGCUAUGGGCAAUCAAAGGUGCUGGAACAAACUUUGGUAUCGUCCUCAGCGUUGUGUUCAAAGCGUACCCAGCUACAACCCACGGAGUACGUAGCUGGAUCAUCCCGCUCAUUGAUGAUCAUGAUGCACGCUUCAAGAUCAACUACAUUGACCUCUACGCCGCCCAGCGGCUCCCUGAAAAUUGCUCUGUGGACAUGUUCAUUUACCAUGACAAGGACCAGGUACAAUUGGGGCUUACGCUGUUUGAGAGUCCCACAGCAGAGGUUACCCCAAUGACCGCUACCAUAGGAACAGUCCUGGGGCCCGAAAAGAGUUUCAAAGCUGUGGAUGAUGUGGGUUUGUUCGAGACCGACAUGUACGUGUCCGAGAUGCAUGGUGGGCAUGGUGGAAAUAAGACCUCCUCGUUCAAGAGGUGCAUCUUCUUGAAGGAUAUCAGGUUUUCACCAGUCGUUGAAUUACUCAUCAAGGCUAUCAAGACUCGGCCCACACCACUCUGCUACCUACAUCUCCUCCAUGGGGGUGGAGCGGUGCGCAAUGUAGCAGCUGAUGCCAAUGCCUUCGGCUACAGAGAUUGGGACUUUGGUUGUGUGAUAACUGGAAUCUGGCCCCGCGCCCGAGAUGGAACUGAACUCGCUCGUGUUGUGCAGGCGUGGGUUUACAGAGUCGCCGAGGAGUUGUUACCACGAAGUUGGGGAAUCUACAGCGCAGACCUCGGGCCUGACCCCCGAGACGCCGCGUUAGCAUCCAGGGCUUUCGGCCCUAACUACCCACGCUUGGUUCGGCUCAAACAAAUCUUGGAUCCGCAUAAUGUCCUCGCUUAUGCUUGUCCCCUUCGACGAGUUCCAGCUACACAGAAGCUUAUCAUCCUCGUGACUGGCGAAAGUGGCGUUGGUAAGGAUUAUUGCGCGAAUUCUUGGGCCUCUUCAUUUAAUACAAACUACGGAAACAGCCUCCUCGCUCGCACAUUUAGCAUUAGCGAUGUGACCAAGAGAGAAUAUGCAGCAGCGCAUCCCGGCGUCGAUCUGAAACGCUUGCUUCAUGAUCGAGCUUACAAAGAGCAACACCGGCCAGCUUUGACAGCAUUCUUUUAUUCUCAGGUGGCCUGUCGACCUCGUUUGCUUGAAGAACAUUUCCUGGGCGUGGUAUGCAGCGCUAUGUCUGUGGAUGUCCUGUUUAUCACAGGACUGAGAGAGCAGGCACCCCUCGCGACUUAUGCGCAUUUAGUGCCUGACAAUAGACUCAUUGAGGUCCGCGUCCAGGCAAGCCCACAGACCCGACGGGCACGUCGAGGCUAUCCCGAUGGCGAUGAUGGUGAAGGUGACGGCGAGGAGCUUAACCACUCCGAAUACAGUCCAACUCUGGUCUACAGAAAUGAAGAGACGGGCAUCGAGCUGGUGCAGCAUUUUGCAGUGUGCUUCCUGCUUCCUCUUGUCGGCGAGGAUAUUCAGCGACUAGCGAGAAUGGUGCGCCCCGUUCCAGGCUUUCCACGCCCUAAUAUGACCUUCCAACAUGUGCUCGGCAUUGGAAAGCACCCAGAAGGGCUGGAGCUGUGUACACGCCUACUAGAGAAUCUUCUAUUCAGUGACUGGAUUCGUGUCAGUGCCAUAGCCUGUUGUGAGACCGGUGGCUUUACAUUUGCCUCGCCAUUGGCAGAGAAAGUCAAGAAGCCAAUUGCGAUGAUUCGUGAAGCUGGCAAGCUGCCCCCGCCAAAGAUUUCCGUCACCAAGUCUGCAUCGCAUAUCUCAGCUUCGACGCCCAGCGGUUCAAAGGAGCAAGUCAUCGAGAUGGAAAUGUACUUGAUUCUUAAAGGUUCUUUGGUGGUUGUUGUGGAUGAUGCGCUUGCAACGGGUCGGACUCUUUGCGCGGUGCUGGAGCUCUUGGGAAAGGCCGGCGUUCGCCAGCAGGAUAUCAUCGUCUUGGUCGUUGCAGAGUUCCCUGCUCAUCGUGGUCGGAAACUUUUGUACGAACGUGGGUUUGGCUCUGUCAAUAUUCGGAGUCUUUUGGUUUUCGAUGGGGCAUGAGUGAAGAACGUGAGCAGCUUAGGACUUUUGUGACAGAAUCAAAUUUUUCGAUUUGAUGUCCGUGUGUUCUC